AUGGUCAAAGACAAGGCGAAGACGUACAUCUCCAAGCUGAACGAGGAGAAAGCGGCGCUUGCGAAGGAGCUGCAAGACAAGUCCAACGUCCUGGCCGGGGUGAAGGAUAAGACCAAGGCGUACGUGGAGAAGCUCAACAAGGACAAGACGGCGGCGUUGGCGGUCCUCGAAGACCAGGUGAAGGACAGAGACGGGCGGUUGCUGCGGGCGAAGGAGCUGCUGCAGGCCAAGCUGGCGGCCAAAGACGAGGAGCUCCAAGCGGCGCAGGCGGAGGCUAAGACCCUCCGGGACCAGGCCGAGUCAGCUGCGGCGGUGUCAGGCCACGACCCCCAAGCAAACGGAGGCAGCGCCGGUGCUGAUUCACCGAGUGAGGAGGCCGUGGCGGCGGCGCGAGCCGCUGCCGAGGAAGAGAUAAAGUCUCUGAAGGGGGAGUUGCAGCGUGUGUCGGAGGCGUUGGAGGCAUGUGAAGCGUCCAGGACUGAGACCGAGACUCUUCUCGCCGAAACCAAGCAGGCAGCGGAGGAGGCCACCGGGAGGGUGACGGCCGCGGCGGGGGGGCGGGACGACGCCUUGGCUCGUGCAGAAACCCUGCAGGCCUCCCUGGAGGCAGCGGCCGCCGCUGCGGCCGCCGCUGAGAGCGCGGCGCGACAAAAGGCGGAGGAAGAGCUGGAGGAGGUUCGAAGAGGUUCUGCCUCGGAUUUGGAGCGGGAGCAGGCUGCCGUGAGGGCCCUCGAGGAGCGCCUCGCGCAGGCGCAACAGGCGGCGCAGUCCGCGGCCGAAGGCCUUCGGGCGGAGCUGGCCGACAGCGAGGCCGCUAGGGCGGAGGCCGGAACGGCCGCGGCGGAUUCCCUCGCCAAAGCGGUGGCGGAGGCAACCGAAGCGGCGGAGAAGGAAGCCGCCGCUGAUGCUAGCGAUGCAGCGGCGGCGGCGGCGGCGGCGCAAGAGUCAGCGGCUGCGGCGGCAGCAGCACAAGAGUCGACGAUAGAAGAGCUGCGGUCGAAGCUGGCCGAGAGCGAGGCCGCUAGAAUGGAAGAGUCGGGGGACAAGUCGGAGGCGGCGGCGGCGGCGCUUUCGCAGGCGGAAGCUGGUAGGGCCGAAGCCGAGUCGGAGGCGGCGAGGCGGGAGGAAGCCCUUAGAGCGCAGGUGGCGGGCAUGGAGGUGGAGGUUGCCAGUCUUCGGGAAGAGCUUCGCGUUGCAGAGGAGGAAAAAGAAGUCGCGGCAGCGGCGGCAGCGGCGGCAGCGGCGGUGGAGAAGGACACGGACGGGGCCGGGAGCUCGGCAGAAGGGUCGUGUGUGGCGAGCGGCGAACCGCCGGUAGCUGCAGUGGACAGCACCGACGGGGGUGCCGCAGAAGACGGUGCGGCGGCGGCGGCGGCGGCGGCGGACGCGAAGGAGGAGGUGGAUGCCCUCGUCCGUCGCAUCGCCGCCCUAGAGGAGGAGCUGGCAACGUCGAAGCUUGCUCUGCACCGGCAGGAGGAGCAGGCGGCGGCAGCGGCAGCGGCAGCGGCAGCGGUGGAGGCGGCGACGGCGGGUACGGAAGAGGAGAUGGAGGCAAUACGGGAACGUCUGCGGGUUGCGGAGCAGGAGACAGCGGACCUGUCAGCAGAGCUGUCGAGCGAAAAGGAAGCGGCAGCGGCGGCAGUGACGGCGGCGGCGGCGGCGGCGGGUACGGAGGAGGAAAUGGAGGUACUACGGGAACGUCUGCGAGUUGCGGAGCAGGAGACAGCUGAUCUGUCGGCAGAGCUGUCGAGCGAAAAGGAAACGGCAGUGACGGCAGCGGCGGCGGCAGCGGCGGCACUAGAAGCGACACAAGCGGCGAAGGACCAAGAGACCGCGGAAGAGGCGGCGACGGCAAGCGCGGCGGCGGCGGCAUCGGAGGAGGCCCUCAACGCCGCCCGACGCGAGACCGAAAAGGCCUUGGAGGAUUCCGACAAGCAGGCCGAGGAGCUCUCGUCGAGGCUGAUGGGCGCCCUGGAGGAGCGGGAGGAGGGCCGACGGCGCGAAGCCGCCGUUGCGAAGGAAGCCGGACGGCUCCGGGAGGAGCUGGCGGGGGCCACGGGGGAGCUCGAGCGGGCGCGGGCCGAGGUGAAGGGCCGGGACGCCGCGGCGGACGAGAGCGCCAGCGUGUGGGCCAGCAGGGUUAAGGAGUUGGAGGAGAAGAUGGAGGCGGCGGAGGCAGGAGCUGUCGAGGCCGUCAAGGCUCUAGAGGACGCGCUGACGCAGCGGGAGCAGGAGGCGGAGCGGCUGACGGAGGAGGCGGCAGGGCUAAGGAAGGAGACGUCCCUCGUUAAGGCGGAGCUCGAGGCUAGGGGCGAGGCCUUGCGGCAGGCCAAGCUAGACCUGGCCUCCGUGUUGGAGGACUCCACCGCCACCGGCGCGAAGCUUUCGGAGGCGAGGUCGUCGCUGGAGAAGACACAGGCGGCCCUCGUGGAGGCCGAGGCGAGGCUGGAGAGCGAGAGCGCCGCUAACGCCGGGCUCAAGGCCGCGGUUAUGGAGACGAACGAGACCGUGUCGAAGCGAGUGGACGUCCUCCGAGACGCUAUCGAGAAGGUGGAAGCGGAGCGAGACGCCGCCGCCGCAGACGUAGCCUCGAGCAAGACUCAGCUCCAAGCCCUUCAGGCCCAGGUGGCGUCCCUGCUGAAAGAGAACGCUGGUGCGAAGACGGAGGCCGGGCUGAGGGUGGGCGACCUGCAGCAGCGGUUAACGGCGGCCCAGGACGAGCUUGGUCGAGAAAGAGAGGCGAUCGCCGAAAGAAAGAAAGAGAUGCAGGCGUACGCAGAGGCGAUGGGAAGGGAGGGAGAAACUCUCCGCGCUGCCACUAAGGAGGCGCAGGCCAUCGCGGCAAGGGCUACGGCGGCCGAAAGCGAGAGCAAGUCCUGCGUGGCGCUCGUGAGGCGGGACGGGGAGGCGGCCGCGUCCAGCCUGAGGCAGGCGCUGGAGAAGCAGGCGGCAGAGGCCAGCCGCACCGUGGCAGCACUCGAGGAGCGGAAUGCCGCUCUCGAAUCCGAAACUUUGAGGUUGCGACAUCUCAUGAUGACCGAGACUGGCGAGAGGGAGGAAAAGGCACAGGGGCUCGAACAAAGCCUGGUAACAAAGAUCGAGGAGGCCAACCUCCACAAGAAGAAGCGGCUGGAGGCGCGGUCGAUGAUGAUCUCCCUCGACAAGACGCUGGAAGCCGAGAGAGACGGGCACAAAGCGGUCGGCCACGCCCUGCAGUACAAGCUUGUGCCCAAGGCCAUCGACCAGGCAACGGUGCUGGAGCGGGUGGUGAUGACGGCAGAGCUGUCGGUGCACCGCUUGUCGAGGGCCGGGGGCGUUAGGCUGGCCACCAACCUACAGGCGGCCCAAUCAAGCCUGGCGCGGCUUCGGGGGAGGGUGGCGGGUGCCGACGAACCUCCGGUCGCUUGGCACCAGCAGCAGUCCUCCGAUUUGUCCAGGGUAGCUCUCAUGGGCGGCAGCGGCAGCGGCAGCGGCAUGAUCGGCGGGGCGCCUGAGGACGCGAGCUCGAGCGUCAUAUCGGACAGGUUGGACUCGCCUUCCGGCUCGGCGGCAAGCGGAGACCAGGGGGGCGGUCCUGGCUUCUGGCGGGGGUCCAGCAGGCUUGGGAAUCAGACGCCCAAGGACUCGAUCUACUUGGAGAGAGUGCGGCGUUUGGAGUCGGAGAUGGAACGUGUUUCCUCUGGACUAGCGCUUGUUUCCCAGAGCGUGGAGCAGCUGUCGGAGCUGGUGGAGGUGCAAGCUAGCUUGUGUGGCGGCCUCUCCGUGCUCUGCUGCUCGUCUCGCCGUGUUGGCGUUGGCGCUACCGCGACGACAAGCGGCGGGAGGAGGAUUAGGGCGGGAGGCGGGGGAGGCCCCGCGUACUCGACCCUCGAAAUGGGCAGCCGGCGCCUGGUGGAAGGGGGAGAGUCUGAGAGCGAUGCCGCAACGCCCAUGUCGGAUAACUUGGGCCAACCCGGCAAAAGUGUUCCCGGCGACAAGGCUGUCGUGUGAUAGACAAACACUGAACGGGUGGGUUUGGUAGAUGGGGGUGCAUUUGUGUCCUCGUUCCGGAUGACUUCUGCGCCACACAUAAUGUCAGGGGGUGUUUUUUGGCUUUCGCUGUUGUUGCGGGGUUUGCCGGUGCGAAGAGCUAGCAAGGAGGCUUUGCCGCCUCUUAAUUAUUUUGUGGGCGCUUCUUCCUCCGGCGGCACACUGAUUCAUUGUUGAGUGAUUUUGCCAUGCAAGAUGAACAAUCUACUGCCCGUACAUUCGUGUGGCACAUGCUUUGCUCCU